AUCACUGAGGAGGGUCAAGAUCACCAGGAUCUGGAGGAGGAGGGCGGAGGAGAGACCUCCAGGGAUACAGGUGAUAUCACUGCAGUUGUUGCCAGGAGUUGUACAGAUCCAGGAUACAGCAGAAAAAAAAUGGAGUAAGGGAGGAGGAAAAGAUGAGGAAUCCAGAUAAUUGGAAAUAAACUGGGAACGGGCUAACAUCAACAAAAAGGAAGAUUAUUGGGGGGUGAGGGUGUAGAAGAACAACAGCAAGGGUCAGUAAACACCCAGCAAUGUCUCAGGGAAUACCAGGUAAAUGGAGCAAGUGCUUUGUGAUAGAAUUAGAUUGGGAAAUUUAACUCUAGAUUUAAACGUUUUGAUGUGGAAAAAUUACCUUAGACAUUUCCUGAGAGUGGGUUCAAGAAGGUGUGUGCUCUACAUUAGUGCUUGAUGAUAAUGAGAGUCUGAUCUGACUCCUCUUCAGAACUCCAACAGUACUUUGCUUUUAAUUCUUGGUUAUAAUUAACUUGGCUGUGCCCGAAAAGCUCUUGCUCACAUUCAUCGGAAAAGCACCCAAGGGGCUUUGAAUGUCUUAAUGGUAAAAACAAAACUGAGGGAUUUAGAAGGUGGUAUGACUGGGUAUGGCUGAAGGCAACUGAACUGAGAGAAAUUCUAUGAAAUUACCUUUGCCCAGUUCUGGAGGAACGGAAAAGCUUAGGAGUAAUUGUAUGCUGCUGAGCAAGUUGAAUCCAUGUUCUCCAGACAAGGCCUGAAUGCUUUCGUUAGUUAACAUUUGGAUCGGGCUUCUUUUCAUGUAGAGCAUGAGAUCCUUUACAUCUGUUUGAGAGAGGCCUUGGUUUAAUAUUUCAUCUGAAAGAUACCAUCUCAAGUUAGACUGAAUUCCUUGACCACCAGCUUAAAUUAUUCGGGUUUGAAAUCACACCGAGUGGAAUCUGUAGGUAACUAUCCCUCUCUUCACUGACUAUAAAAGUGGAAAGGCUCAACAUGGCUCCUCGGGAUAUAAUGACUAACUCACACGCCAAGUCCAUUCUGAACACUAUGAACUCUCUGAGGAAGAGUAACACCCUGUGCGAUGUCACAUUGCGAGUUGAUAGCAAGGACUUUCCUGCUCAUCGUAUUGUGUUGGCUGCUUGCAGUGAUUACUUUUGUGCCAUGUUCACCAGUGAGCUUUCAGAGAAAGGUAAACCUGACGUAGAUAUCCAGGGUCUGACGGCUUCCACUAUGGAGAUCCUGUUGGAUUUUGUAUAUACUGAAACGGUCCAUGUCACAGUGGAAAAUGUUCAGGAAUUGCUUCCCGCGGCCUGUCUCCUCCAACUGAAAGGUGUGAAGCAGGCUUGCUGUGAAUUUUUGGAGAGCCAGUUAGACCCAUCCAACUGUCUGGGAAUCCAGGAAUUUGCAGAGACUCACAGCUGUGUGGAUCUGAUGCAAGCCGCAGAGGUUUUCAGCCAGAAGAACUUUCCAGAAGUUGUCCAACAUGAGGAAUUCAUGCUGCUGAACAAGGGGGAAGUGGAAAAACUCAUUCGGUGUGAUGAGAUUCAGGUGGAUUCAGAAGAACCAGUGUUUGAAGCAGUAUUAAACUGGGUCAAACAUUCCAAGAAAGAACGAGAGGAAUUCCUACCAGAUCUGCUGCAAUAUGUACGAAUGCCAUUGCUUACUCCGAGAUACAUUACAGAUGUAAUCGAUGCUGAGCCCCUGAUUCGGUAUAGCCUUCAGUGCCGAGAUCUGGUGGAUGAAGCCAAGAAAUUUCAUCUGAGACCUGAAAUCCGUACACAGAUGCAAAGUCCCAGGACUAGACCAAGGUUGGGAGCCAAUGAGGUCUUGUUAGUGAUUGGAGGGUUCGGAAGUCAACAGUCUCCAAUUGACAUUGUGGAGAAGUAUAAUCCCAAGUCUCAGGAGUGGAGCUUCCUGCCUAGAAUGGCUGGUACAUGGAAUGAACUUUCCGGGGAAGCGGUGGAUAGCAUCACUCGGAAACGUAGGUACGUGGCCACAGUGUCAUUGAAUGAUCGUAUUUACGUGAUUGGAGGCUAUGAUGGUCGCUCAAGACUUAGCUCGGUAGAAUGCCUGGACUACACCUCAGAUGAAGAUGGUGUCUGGUAUUCGGUGGCCCCGAUGAAUGUGCGCCGAGGCCUGGCUGGAGCGACAACACUUGGAGAUAUGAUCUAUGUGGCUGGUGGAUUUGAUGGCAGCAGACGUCACACAAGUAUGGAGCGGUAUGACCCCAACAUUGACCAGUGGAGUAUGCUGGGUGACAUGCAGACUGCGCGAGAGGGCGCUGGUCUUGUUGUGGCCAAUGGAGUCAUUUACUGUCUUGGUGGCUACGAUGGGAUAAAUAUCUUGAGCUCUGUGGAGAGGUACGACCCACAUACAGGGCACUGGACACAUGUCACACCGAUGGCUACCAAGCGAUCAGGAGCUGGGGUGGCGUUGCUGAACGACCAUAUUUAUGUGGUCGGAGGCUUUGAUGGAACCGCCCACCUUGCAUCAGUAGAAGCUUAUAACAUCCGCACAGAUUCUUGGGUAACAAUAACGAACAUGACAACACCUCGAUGUUACGUGGGAGCAGCUGUACUACGCGGGAGGUUAUAUGCCAUUGCUGGAUACGAUGGGAAUUCAUUGCUGAGCAGCAUUGAGUAUUAUGACCCCAUCAUUGACAGCUGGGACGUGGUAACUUCUAUGGGAACCCAACGCUGUGAUGCUGGAGUGUGUGUGCUACGUGAGAAAUGAGGAACAGCCCAAUAGCGAGAGGUGCAGACUGGAAUGGAGCCUAAAACAAAACUGGAGAGUUUCAGCAUUGCUUCAUCUAUGCCUUCAGCUGUGGUGUGUCUUGUUUUUUACUACUUAAGAGUGCAAUAUAUGGAACCAACUGUAAAACUUUUAGAAACGAGCAACAAUUUGCACAAAAACAGUUGAAGCUGUGCAGCUAGGAACCUGGAUUAAAUGAAGUAGACAUUUCAGAAACUUGAAAACCACAGAUUGAUGUAAGAAUUUGUUUUGGUUUAUAUGUUAUGUCAAUGCCCACUGAAGUUAUGGUGAGCAGUGUGGACAGGAAUAAGUUGUUUAUACAGGUAUGACCAUACCUCAUCCUGUUAUUAGCCAAGCUGAACUUUGAAGGAUUUUAACAUUAAGCAUUUUGAUACAAGUACAUCUCAUAUCUUGGUAACAGAGAAGUGAAGACCAGAACUCUUAACGUACUGCAGUCAAUUCACCUCAACUUUCAAUAUUGGUGGAAAAAUGCCAGUGAAGACUGCCAGAGCCAGAUUUAAAUGUAGCAUCAGCACUGACUUGGAAGCAUUGUUUUUAACUGUGGUACUGACUGAGCUAUGGUGAGAACUGUCCUGAAUGGGUCUUUCUAGCACUGUGUUUCAUUGAAAGUGACUUUGUUAUGAAAUGAUAAAGUGAACUAAUAGGAGAGUGUCUAUGAGUCACUAAUUCAAUAAAAACCCUUACAGCAGCUUA